GCUGCGGCGGCAGCGGCAGGGGCGCCCCGCGCGGCGCCUCUCCCCCCGCCGGCGGCGCCGAACAACGGGCCGGAGCGCGCUCCGCCGCCGCGGGAGAAGCGCGGAGGCAGGGGCGGGGGCUGGGGAAGGGGCUGGGGCUCCCGCUCCGCUGCCGGCCUCUCCCGCCCUCCCCGGGGGGAGGCGGCCGGCGCGGCGCGGGGACCGGCCCGCCGGGGGGCCGGCGGCGAUUGGCUCGGCCGGCUGCGAGCCGAAGGUGCUGGGGGAAGCCAUCUGCAGCGCAGGCGAUUCCGAGCGCCGUGCGGGGGGGGGGGGGGGGGAAGCGGGGGGCUCUCCCUUGCGGGUGGUUUGGGUUUUUUUUUUUUUCCUCCCCCCCCCCCUUUUUUUUUUUCCUCUCCUCUUCACGGGAUCAUGGCCGCGGCAGCGGGGCCGUGAUGUCCCCGGGAGCGGCCCCGCUGCUGCAAUGCCGCCUGCCGCAGCUCUAGCGAGGGGAGGCGUUUGAGCGGCGACCGGCGGCCGCACAUCCUCCCCGCGGCAGCGCCGCCGCCUUUCUCUCCCCGCCGCCCGCGCCCCCCGCGCCCGGACCGGCGGGAGAGGGGCCUCGCCGCCCGCCCGGCGCCGUCCCCCCCCCCCCCCCCCCCCCCCGCCCGCGAACAGCAAACCCGGCGAGCGGGGCUUUAAAUUAACACUCGUAAACCCGCACCGACCCAUAAAGGCGAGAGGGAGAGCGGAGCCGCGCACAACAUGGCCACUCUGCUGCGGAAAAUCGGGCUGAUCCGGCUGCACAACCGGGACACGGAGGACCCCAAGCACCACCACCACCACCACCGCAGCAGCAGCCAGCAGGGCUCCUCGCUCAGGGGCAGGGGCAACCAGAAGAACAGCAGCAACAAGCCGCAGCCGCAGGGCCCCCCCGGGGGCGGCGGCGGCGGCGGCGGCGGCUGCAGCAGCAGCGAGAGCAGCCCCGGGGGCCACAAGAACAAGAAGGCGCCGGAGGUCGCUAAGCAGCCCCCGCAGCCGCGCUCGGCCGGCGGCAGGGAGAAGCCGCGGGAGGCGGCCCGGGAGCCCGGCGCCGGUAAGGAGGCGGCGCAGCGGCCCGGCCCCGGCCCCGGCCCCGGGUGCGGGUCGGGGCCGGCGCCGCUGGUGCCGCUGCCGUCGGGGUCGGGGCCGCUGGCGCCCGCGGGCCGGCAGCAGCACUGCACGCAGGUGCGGACCCGGCGGCUGAUGAAGGAGCUGCAGGACAUCGCGCGGCUCAGCGACCGCUUCAUCUCGGUGGAGCUGGUGGACGAGAGCCUCUUCGACUGGAACGUGAAGCUGCACCAGGUGGACAAGGACUCGGUGCUGUGGCAGGACAUGAAGGAGACCAACACGGAGUACAUCCUGCUCAACCUCACUUUCCCCGACAACUUCCCCUUCUCGCCGCCCUUCAUGAGGGUGCUCAGCCCCCGCCUGGAGAACGGCUACGUCCUGGACGGCGGAGCCAUCUGCAUGGAGCUGCUCACCCCCCGUGGCUGGUCCAGCGCCUACACCGUGGAGGCCGUCAUGAGGCAGUUUGCGGCCAGCUUGGUCAAGGGGCAGAAUAUCCUUAGAAGAGAAGUAUUUCAUGAGCCGUUUUUAAUAAAUGGGCUCUCCAAAACCCCCGGAACCUCUGCUGUGACUCCUUAAUAGAGUUACAAGUCAGUCACAAUCCCAAAUCUGCACGCAAAGAUGAGUGGAAAUAAACUGGAGGAAGAAGGAGUAAGCCUGCGUUAUAAAAUGUCCUGGAGCUCAGAUGCUUCUCAUAGUCAGGCUUUAUGAGCUGUGGAAUGACUAGAUAUUUCUCCUGUUUCUAGGUUUGUGUUACAAAUGGUAACAAAACCCCAGCUGCAGUGAGAAAUGUAGGGCUUAUUUCCAUUACAUGUGCCCAUAAAAAAACCCUAAAGCAUCACAAAGCAGAGGAAAUUGAUGUUACUAAUUUUUCAAAUUUUCUAUGAAUUUCUAUAAAUGUCAGAUUUUCUAUAAAUUUGACAAGAUUAUUUCUAUUAAAAUAUACCUAGUAUUGAAGUGUUCUGUAAUUAUUGAGGGGAGGAGGAUAUUUCACAGUUAGAGCACUUAGGCUGAGGGGAGGUGAUCUGAGUUAGCUUCCAGGUUUUGCUGCUGACUUCAGAUACAGUCAUGGGCAAGUCAUAUAACUUCACUGUAUUCCUCUUCCCCACCUGUGAACUACAGAUAAUCCUCUUUCCAAAGGUCAUUUGAGGAUACAUACUUAAAGCACUCGGAAGUGGAGACUAUGAGUAGCUGUUCACGUGCAUCAGUAUGAGACAUAUCGUAGUCAAGAGAUUGACACAUUUGUGUAAAUAGCAGGGGAAAAAGUGCAUUGGCUUGUGACUCUAAUCUUACCAAAUUUGCUCUUAAUUUGAUUAAAUGUUCCCAGAUGUAGCCUGCUUGUUACUCCCGUUUGCUUUUUUAGCAUGGUGAAACUUUGGCAAAUGUGGAGAUAGACAUUGUUGUCUGGACUGUAGCUCCUUUGUCUUUACACUCUGUCGUAAAGGAUGGUUUGCUUUGCUUUGGUGAGGUUUACACCCGUGGCUGUGUUUAACUUGGGUAACUUCAGGUUCCUGACGUGGAGGACCUGUGGGCUGAUGCCAAGAGGGGCUGUCCUGCUCCCAGCCUUUUUGCCUGGACUUGCCCUCAGGAACUCUGCUGGUACCUGAUGCCACAGAGAGGUAGUCCAGGGAGCUCAGCAGGAGGCUGAAAGAGAAAAUGUCCCUUUGCUGUCUAGACUAAGAUGGACAGGGACCAUCUCUUUUGACAGAAGCCCACCAUGUUGUAAGACAGCACCUUUGGCCCUGGAUAUGCUAGAGGCACCUUCCAAGAAUGUGAUGGGCUGCCAAAAUUUUCUUGUUCUUUUGCCAACGCAGAGUUUGUCCCACCCAAAAAAUGCAGGAAGGGAGUUUCUUAACCCUCACCUGUACUGAAAUCACGCUGCUGACUCUGUGCUAACUUCUGGGAGAGGCAAGGAAGAGCAGCGCGGUGCUCCGUAGCUGUCAAACAGGGACGGGGGCUGCAAGGUGUUCAUCUCAGUCAAGAGCUACUUGCACCAGGCUGCACACAGACAAGUGAGCAUUAAUAAUUACCCAGCUGGAACACAGAUUUCUUUUUCCUGGACAAAGAACAGUCACAAUCCCAGAAGGAGCAAUUUAUAGGAUGCUUUAAAGCCGGAACUUGCUGAGUUUUCACUUCUUUCUAUGGAUUAUUUUUAAAAAGGAGACCAAAAAAGGCGUGGAAAUACUGCUUCAGAAAUUACACAUUUGCAGGAAAACAUCCUAUUUUUAAUUCACUUAGGCUGCAACAUUGACAGUAUUUGUCUGCAUCAUUUUCUAUACUGCUUUGUUUGAGCUAUAGCUAAUAAUUAUAUACAGUGCAAUAUAAAUUGUGUGCAGUUUUUGAGACGUGAUUAACUGUGCCUCAUCAGUACAUGAAGGAAAAAAAUUAUAAGCCGUGUAAUUGGUAGGAGAGACUGUGUAUAUUGCACUCUAACAGUGAUGUGACACAUUGUGAUCAUUGCACUGAGAGCAUGAUGGUAGCUCACUUUAGCAUUGCUCUACUUUUGAAUGCUUCUCUAAAGCCAGCAGAAAUAUUUUUCUCUGUCAACUUGUUUAAAUAUUCCAGAAUAAGACUGGUUCAGGCUUAAGCACUGGAUUCCUCUGUUACUUAUCAGAAAAGAUUUGAAUAUGUUUGCGUAGUAUGUGGCUUUGAACAGUUGAGGCCCAAAGCCAUUAGUGGCUGGCACGUUAGUGGAAUGUGCUACAUACUGGAGACUCACAGUGUGCUCCAGCUCUUCAAAAAUCCACAGUUUUUGCAUCAUCCAUGGAGAAGCCUGGGACAUCAGACUUGGAAAAUGGGCAUAUCUUUGUGGGUCUCCCUCCUGUCCUUGGAGGGAUCACCACAGAUGCAGCGUGUGGCACAGUGACGUCCUACAGUCUUUUGUGUACUGCUCUAAACCUUUGCUUGUUUUCUGUCUCUUGACAUUUACCUAGAAGUGGGUCACUAGAGCCUGCUAUAGAGAUCUCUUGAGAGAUGAAGGGAGAAAAUUAAAUUGUACCCGUGCACCCUUAUGCUGGCUUAAAUGAUGGGCCACGUUUAGCCCCAUGUGUGGAAGGCAGAUAUGAUUUGCCCUUGGAAGACCAACCUUGAGUUAUUUGCAUAUCCAGGAUUAAUGAAAGGAAUGCAGGGCUGCAGAGUUUGUGUUAAGACCAGUGCUAACAACGUGAAGGCUUGCCUGCUUUUGAGUCUAUUAGCUGUGUACUGUUUGCAAUGAAUACAACUUUUUGUUAACCAGUCCCGGAAAGAAAUCUGGGUGUGCCUGAAGGGUUUGCUGUGGCAUCUGAAGAGACGUGUAGCUCAGGAGCUUAAGCUGUUUCCAGAACAAACCUCAGUCCUGUAAGGGCUGAUGACUGCGCACAAUAAAUCUCUGUAAAUUUGGGACCUAGUAAUGCAGGGACUUGCAUCAGGAGAGGACUGAGCACAACCUUGAGGGAUUCGGGACCUGGCUAGGCAGUGCCACAGCUGACCUGUGUUGGCAGUUCAGCUCCAGGUAUCUAAGUUGGACUUAGAGACCUCCACAGGUCCCUUCCAGCCAGCACUUCGGGGAUUGUAUGAUCCUCUGAAAGGCCAGCCACCGUUACGUAGUCCUGUCCUUCCAGGUAGUGCCAAAAGUGAUGCGACACCUGAUGCUGUGUGCUAUGCCAAAACUGUUGGGUUUUGGUCUGGGAGCUGCUAUAGCUGGUUUGACGAGAGAGAGAAAUCCCUUCAUCGCUGCCAAAGAAAACCCCUUGAGGCCAUCCUGAUUCUGGAAACACCAGAAGAAGCGUCAGGACUGUUUUUCAUGACACGCAGGCCAGACGAGGGCAGGUCCACAGCUGCAGUGGGAUUGCAGGGCUAAAGAGCUUCGGGCUUCCUAUUCGGUAUCUCCGUACAGGGCUUAGCUCUGUCUUUGGACCACUUCGUGACACGGUGUUGUUGGGGAAGAAGAGAUGUGGUGCAUUGCUGACAAUGAUACUGAAGGACUUUAAAGAGCUACUAGAUGUUGAGUUGAAUAUUUUUGAGGAUGUGCUUCAGCGUCACACAGUGUUCUCAAGGGGAGGACACGCUGAUGCGUUCAUCAUUGUGGAGAAAUGUGGAGGCUACUGCGGCAUCACCGAGAAGUAGAAAAGCUCCCAGAUUUGCCCACAGUGGUCUGUAAAUGUGGGUGCCAAAUCACGUGCAAGGUUUACCUCGGGUCUUUUGCUGAAUAUGGCAGGAGGGAGCCAUCCCUAGGUAUGGCCAGGGUCCCGAGAAGGCUACUCGCAGCAGGCUCUGCUGGAGGAGGUCUUCCUCCUCACAGUUCCCAGGGCUAUAGACUGGAUCCUUAUCAGCUGUUUGUUCCAACUUAUUAGUUUGGGCAAAGAGGAGGUGAGUGGCAUGCAAUUGCUCACCGUGCCACACAAACUGGGCGCAGUGAGAGCACAAGCGAGAGAGGAGGCUGAGCGCAGCACACGUCCCCCUGUGUUUUGGCAUGGCUGUGUAAACCAGUUGGAUGCUGCGGCAUUACUUUCACCUUUCAUAUGUUUCUAGCUUGUUAAAAUUGUAUCUGGAUAAGUACAUGAAGUCACAGCAGAUGGCAAAAUCUGAAAUGUUCUCUCCAACUCUUUAUUUUAAUUAGGUUUUCAGUUAUCCCUUUAUGAAAAGCACUCUGUGAGUGUCUGAAAGUAUUGCAAGUAUUUAAAUAAGCUCCUGGUGUGACUUCUCAGAGCGAAAGUCGACAUUAGUAUCUUUAUGAAAGGCUUUCUUGGGUUUUCUCUGUUGGUUUUAAUCUUCUGUGGAAUGUUUUGAUAUUGUUCAGCUAUCGGUUUGAUAUCUUUUCUUGAUUUGGUACUGGACACAUCAAAUCAUUGGUGUUGCAAAUGAUCUGUAUUCCUUACGUGGCAGUAGUGAUGUGGGUGGUUUAGAGAUUGGUCAAAAUACAGUUGUGCGCAAUUGACCUAUGGCCAGCACUGUAUUUACGCACUGUAUUUACCAUAUUUACAGAAUGCAGCAGCUCAUAGUCUCCUGACCAGAGUUAAAAUGACUGCAUGUUUAAGUAGCAGUCUGAAAAUAAACCGUAGUCACAUCUGGUAACAGUGCCUGUUACAAUGUUUGGCACUUUCUUUUAUAAUUGCCUCCAAAAUGCCAUUUUUUAGUUAAACUUGGAAAGAGUUUUGUGGGAAUGGCAAAAAGCUAAAAAUCAUUACGACAGUAGAUACCACCCAAGGAUAGACCCAAAAGCAUCCGAACUGUGUCGACUGAAAUUCCACCCUUCUUUCUUUUUACCUCAGGUUUACUUGAGGCACCAACAAGGGAAAAUUUCAGUCCACGAGGUUAAAUUUUAUCCAAAUUAUAAACACCUGGCAGGAUAUUGGUUAAUAAGAGACAGUGCUAACCAUGCCACCCAUAGUUUCUGUAUAAACAUAGAAAUGCACGGACUACAGUGGGGUAGAAUUCGAUGGUCUUUGAUGAUGCAGUUUAUAUACAACCUGCAGAUGGUACCAGAAUGUGUUUUAGAAGUGGAUUUAAUGAUCCUUUACAUUAAUAACAAAGAAGUAUGAGAAUAAACUCAUGGAACGAUGCUCAUUUCAUCUGCUGUGGCUCCAGUAACAUUUUAGAUGAUGUGAUGAUAUUCGCUGCAUUACUGCAACACCAACGAAUUCUUACUUUCCUUGUUUGAAAGCAGUAUGCAGCUGACACUGAACAUGAGCAAUAGCUGUGCUCAAUGCAAAGAUCCUAUUUCUAGGUACAGAUUAGUAUUAAUACUUUGAUGAAGCUGGGAAAGACAUGGAUCGUACUGUGCUAGGUGCUAUGCACACCGUUCAGAAAAGUAUCGAAGCAUUAAAUGAUAAAAAAUAAUAUGUAUAAGGCAAGAGAUGGCAAAUGGACCUAAUCCAGAAAUUAAGUACUAGAGUAAGUUUAUAGAUUACUUUCAAAAGUAUUUCAUUGGUGAGAUUUUGAGGACAGCAUUUUCUGUGCUGAUUUCAUCUUCUGUUGCACUUUGCUUUAUCCUUUCCUAUGUUUCUCUAAGUAUGCUUCCAACAAAAGCUCAGAUUAGGAAGAAAAUACAGAACAUGUUUUGUAACAACAAAAAUACUUCUGCAGGAUGUGUAAGGUAAUUAGUCAAUGAGAUUUUAAAAAUAUGUUACCCAGUUUUAUUUAAUUAUUCCUUUUGUCACAACUAAAAAGGAACAUUUUCUAAGAGAAUUUAUUGGUGGGGUUAAAUUGAGUACCAUUCAGAUCAUCCUUAUUUGGGAACUAUUAAUUGCCAAAUUAGUAUGGGGAUGGGGAAGGUGUCUUGCUGUUUAGUCUAUCAAGAGGUAUUUAAAGAAGAAAUACAUUGCUAGUCUGUAAAUGGCGACCAGGGAGAAAGGCAAGGAAAAGCAUCGAAAGGUAGAAUAGCUAUUUUUCUGAAAACCAAGUGGGUAUAAAUUGGCUGUGAAUAAAUCGAGGUGGGAAUUAGAGGCUGUUCCUAAUCUUUAGUUAAGGUAGGCUCUGAAAGAGAAGUCAAACUGCACAGAAAAACGACUUACUAAAACAGGAGUAGGAAACAGCUUUUUUAUCUCAUGUGUCCAUAGUUUUGUUAUAAUAGGAGUGGCGCUGAACACAGAAGUGUUAUCUGUGCAAUAUUGUGACACCUUUCUAGACUGAAAUCAUUUGUCCACACUGCAGACUAAUCUUACUCAUUUUAGUCUGUAAAAAUAACUUUGAUGCUCCAAGGACAGAGUUUAUUUUCUUUUUUCACCUUUUUUUUUCCCUUUUUUCCCCUCCAUAUACGUGAUUUUUUUCUCAGUAUUAUUUGUUGCACACGAUUACAAAUGACAAAUUUUUGGUUUAAAUUCCAAAUUGACAGUAGAAUAUGGGAGGCAAAAGAUGCAGCCUGAUGCAUCAUUUUGAGCAAAAGAAUAGAAAAAAUGAGAACACACUAACUUGGUUCUUAAUGAUUGUAACCCUGGAAUAUGGUAUCUGCUUAUCAAAUACCAUUUAUUCUAAAAAAAGGCUUUCAGUGCAGUCUAUCAAACAGUUAUUAAAAUUUAGACUUGUGACUUUAAUAAACUUCUAUUUUGUGACAAAUCCAGUAGGCUUAAAUACUUUAAAGGGUGUUAUUGCUGUAGCGUGGAGUAAAUCUGCAGCUGUAUUUCUUUCUUGUGUCUCUGCUAGUCGGUAGUUGUCAUGGACCAAUGUGAAAAAUAAGGAGAGCUAUUAAUAACUCAGUAAAUGUCUCUGUUGCCGAAUGAGGAUCUGAAAUUCUAUACUGCUGUGCAUUUAGAAGCAAUAUUUAAUUGCAAAGUAAUAAAGAUGCAGCAUGUUUAAAUGUGUAUAUUUUCGUUGGUUAUCAAACUUGUCAUGAAGGGGUAAUAAACGAAUUAGAAUUUUUCACGUAGGUUGGAAGCAAGUUGGUUUUAAGGUGCUCCUGCCUUUAAGCGAUGCCAGGGCUAUUCAUUUCUCACGGGUCAGAUUAGAAAAAGAAGAAUGGAGCGCGUUCUGUGGGAUGGGUGUAAUUUCUAGUGACGUACCGCGUUGGCGGUGGCGGGGGGGAGAUGCGGGCAGCACGCGGAAACGCUCUGCCCUUACGAUGGUUCUCCAGGGUCGUCGACUCCGCGAUACUCACGCCUGGGACUACGGUACGAGUCCGGCGUCAGAACCGGUGUGAAACCUCUUUCUGCCUCCCGGCCCUGAGCCGGUACCCCUUGCAGCAGCCUGCCUCCUUCUCCACCCCCAGCUGCUGGCCCCGGGGGGCCGGGGGGGGCCCUGGGGACCCCCUUCCUCUCCUGGGUCUGGAAGGGGCGCGGGGGAUGCCCACAGAGCCCGAGGAGCCGGUGGGAAGCGGCGUCCCGCCGUGCCGAGGCACCGUUUCUGGGGCGCGUCGUCGUGCUCCUCGCCGUCCCGGCCCGCCUCGGGCUGAGCCCCCGACCCGGCGGGGUGGGCGCGAGCGUCUGCCCGCCGGGCGCGCCGUGGCGGAGGUCCCGUCGCUCGUUUGCAGGGGUCCUGGCGCAGCAGGGCGGGCGGCGAGCCCCGCGGCACGGCGGCUCACGCGGGGCAGCCUGCCAGCGCAGGGGCUCGCUGGGAAGAAAUAGCCCCGCAGAUGUCUGGGGUUUUGGGUUUUUUUUUCUUUACCGCAUAGCGUUUCCAACCAUCUCUAAUAACGCCUUUGUCUGCCCCAGUUUGGGAACUCUGCUUUCUGGUACCUGUAAGUGGAUGCCUCUUGGCCUGACGCAUUGAAAAGUUAAGCUGUGGUUUCCAGCGGCGUGUUCACGUGUUUAAUGAAGGUUUUCUUUUUUGUUUGGUGCAGGGCCGUAUCUGCAGAAAAGCUGGCAAAU